UCGUGGUCAGUAUUUAAGUCAUGAGAAUAAAUCUCCCUAGCUAAUGUGACACUUCCUUGUGACUCUUGUGUUGUUUCCACAUGCUCUUCAUUUCAGCUUAGAGAGCUAGUCGUUAUGUCCUUUGUUCUUCUUCGGAGCUGACUCACUCUUUUGACUAUCCUUCAGAAACCAUCUUAGUCCUCCACAUCAAGCCAUGUUGGGAUCGCCCACAGCCAGAUAGCGUACCCAUCUCAAACUAACAGAGUGAGAGAGGGAAGUGAAGAGAAGAGGGUGAGAAGGGGGUUGUGGCCCUGCAAUAAAAAAAAAGGAGUAAGGGAGGGGGGAGAGGAAUAGAGGACGGGACUAAUGCUGUGUCUGUAAUUUUUAGAAGCGUUGCAACACUGGAUUCUUAUCCUUCAGUUGAUCAUGUUACACUGCAGCUGACAGGAUAUCUAUCUGCUACAUUUUGGGGUGUUAAUAGAAAGGCUGUCAGCUCGGGAUCAGAUGACCUAAUCCAUCAGUUGUGUUUUGGACUGCUCGACAUGAAAGGAAUCUCGGUGUAAAAAAAAACAAAAGAACUAUGGCCUGUAUGGAGGUAGAGACACUCCGUGACUGCAGCACUGGGUUCAAAGCAGUCCUGCAGCUGAGGCUUCAGCAAAGGCGAACCCGGGAGCAGCUGGUUGAGCAGGGCAUCAUGCCACCUCUGAAGAGCCCAGCGGCUUUCCACGGGCAGAUUCGCAGCUUGGAGAGAGCCAGGACUGAGAAUUUCCUCAAGCACAAGAUCCGCAGUCGCCCAGAGAGAGCAGAGCUGGUCAGGAUGCACAUCCUGCAAGAGACCGGAGCAGAACCGUCUCUACAGGCCACCCAGAUGAGACUAAAGCGGGCCCGUCUGGCUGACAACCUGAAUGAGAAGAUCGCCCAGAGACCCGGCCCCAUGGAGCUGGUGGAGAAGAACAUCCUGCCGGUUGAUUCCACCCUUAAACAGGCCAUCAUUGUGGGCCAGGUGAACUAUCCUAAGGUGUUGGAUGAAGACAGCUGCGAUGCCCUGUCCCCAGAGCAGCCAGCAAGCCAGGAGUCUCAGUCUUCUGUCCCCUCUCCAGCAGAGAGCAAAGUGCCAGAGACGCCCUCUCCAGCGCCAGCACCAUCCCCGCUACUUAACACCAUCCUGCAGCCCUUCCCAGUUGCUACACAAGCAACAACAGACUUUGUGAAAGUGAUCUCCACCAGUGAGCCGCCUGCGAGCCGCCCAGCUGUUACUCCCGCGCAGCCAGUCACCACAGCUGCUCCUUCAAAACCAGGCCCAACACUGGUGAAACAAAGCCAGCAGAAGACACCUUCGGAGAAGAGCCGCAGCAAGAAGGGCAAAGAGCCUAAGCCCAGGGUGAAAAAGCUCAAGUACCACCAGUACGUUCCCCCAGACCAGAAGCAGGAGGCCAGCGAAGCACCCAUGGACUCCUCUUACGCCCGACUACUACAGCAACAGCAGCUGUUCCUCCAGCUGCAGAUCCUCAGCCAGCAGCAACAGCACUACAACUACCAGACUAUUUUACCAGCACCACUCAAACCUGUGGCCGAGGGUCAGAGCAGCAGUGCCAGCAGCCUGCCAACCUCCAUCGUGGUGUCUUUGCCCACUGCGCCUCAGCCUCCCCCAGUGGCUGCGGCCUCGGCUCGCCCCAACAACUUGCUUUCAAACCGCAAGCCAGGAGUCCUGCCUGCCAACCUGGAGGAGAUGAAGGUGGCAGAGCUGAAACUGGAGCUAAAGCUGCGUGGCCUCCCUGUGUCAGGAACAAAGACUGAUCUCAUAGAAAGGCUGAAGCCUUUCCAGGACAAUCCCAGCACCUCUGCCCCCACCACUGUUUCUUCCCCUGCUACCACCACCCUCUCCUCCAUCCCCAUGGAGGUCACCAGCACCACUACCACCCCGGCUAUAGUUGUUCCAGUCCAGCAGGUGGCUUCAGAGAGCAUGAACCCCACACCGCCUGUCUCACCCAAUCCCACUGAUCCCUCCGCCCACCAGCAGGACGUAGGCAUGUCUGAGGGUCCUUCUGAAGCACAAACUGUGAGUUCUGGCUGGGCAGGUCAGCAGCCCUCACCUCUCCCAUCUUUCCAUGUCCCGGAGGAAAAGGACAGGAGGCUCCAUGAGAAGGAGCGGCAGAUAGAAGAGCUGAUGAGGAAGCUUGAGCAGGAGCAGAGGCUCGUGGAGGCACUGAAGAUGCAGUUGGAGGUGGAGAAAAGGGCCGGCACCGCCGACUCUGCCUCUGUAUCUCCCAAACUGACCUCUGUGCCUGCCAUAAACCCUGUUUCUACUGUCCUGAACUCGAAUGUUGUAAAAAUGGAGGGUACAGUCCUGUCAAACUGUUCAUCCUCUACCGCUACAAUCCCUAACUCUAUCCUGGGCUCACAGACACUCUCCCCACUGCCCACAGUGGUCAAGUUGGAGGAUGUGACUGUUUCCUCUGGCAAGCCUCUCCAGCUCCAGACCCAGACUCAGCUCAUCACCCAGAUCCAGCCCCAAGUAACCACCAGCCCACAGCUACUCCCCCAGUCACAGAGAAGUCCCAAACUCCAGACCCAGCCCCAGCCCCAACCCGCAGCGCCCAGCCUGCAGCAGUUCUUCAUCAGCCACACAGGCGGGGUGUCCCAGGUGCUGGGUCAGCCUCAGACCUUAUUAACCACGACUGGCCAGGCUAGAACUCAGAUCCUCCUCCCAGUCUCACUCCCCAACAACGCUACUGCAAUUCAGCUGCCAAGCACCACUGUCAGCCUGCAGCCUGUUCUUCAGGCCACCGUCUCAAAUACAGGCCUGGUCCAGGCCUCAGUUCCUCAGCUGCAAACCACUAAGAUGGAGACGACACCCAGCCAACAGUUAGCCAACAAUAACCAGUUACUACAGACUCUGACUAUGUGCAAUAACACCACUGGUUUGGAGAACCAGACUAGACCUGAGAUGAAUCCUCAGUGUUUCCUGAGAAGCUCUCCAGAGAACAGAGUCUCUCCACGGGCUUCCCCCAACCACCACAUCUCCAACGGAUCCUUCAAUAAGCCUGCCUUCAUCCUUCAUCCUACCUCCCUUGUUACUCAGCCUCCCAAGACAAGAGAGCCUCCCCGCUACGAAGAGGCCGUCAAACAAAGCCGCAACAUGCACAUCAACAAUGUUUCCCAGGUUCCCACGGCAACCAGCCAGCAAAUGGAUGACUUGUUCGACAUCCUCAUAGAGAGUGGAGAAAUCACUCCAUUUAUCCAGCAUGACCCUUCAGUGUCCCUGACUAAGACUGUACCAGUCACAGCAAACAUCACCACCCUGCCGGUCAGCACCGCUCUCUCCAGGCCGCCUCCACACGUCCAGGUGGCUCCUCCGCCCACCUUGAGCCCGAUCAUCGGCCACAGCCUGCCCAGCCUAUCCUCGUUGGCCACGGACAAUCAGCUGGAGGCUUUUCUGGAGGGCACACUGGCCGAUACCCCUCCUGCAUCAGACCCACGCACACGCGGCCUAAUGGAGGAGCUGCAGGCCCAGCUGAUGGACCAGCAACCCUACUCGCCCAUGGACACAUCAGACCUGUCCUUCUGUGAUUCCUCCUCUCCUCCUUCCUCGCUUCACAUGGGCCUGUCUGACCCAGGCCUGGACAAUAUGGAGUGGCUGGAUCUCACCAUGCCACCAGGUCCCGCCGGAGCUCUCACACCACUGGGAAUCCCAACAGACUUCCUGGAUACACAGGACCUGCACUGGGACUGACUGAGGGACGGAUGAAAGAAGAAGAGGAAGAAGAAGAAGAAGAAGAUCGAGUCAGGAGAGUUGGCAGAGCAGCUGAGCCAGGAGCGAGCGAUGGAUGGAUGGAUGGAUGAAGAGGAGACGAAAAGUGACAGCCACAAAGAGGUUGAGUUUCAACAUUUUUAAAAAAGGAAGCAAAAAGAGUUGAAAACAUGGCAUUUGUGUGCCAUAUACAUCCAUACCAUCUGUAAUAUUCCCACUAUACUACAGUAAGAGACACUGUACAGGCAGUGCACUGAUUCAAGUUGAACUACAAGCAGGAGUUUGCACAGCUUUAAAGGCUGAACAGCCAGAGGAACGUCAUCACUAAGGUGAUCGUGGUCACCCGUAGUAUUAGUGAUAAAGGGAUUUAGGUAGACUUUUGUUUUUAGUGUCUGUGAUUUUAAUAAUCAUAAAGAGAAAAGGAGACAGAGCCAAAUGAAUACUGGUAGCUCAGACCAGACUGUUUGUAAAUAGUCUUUAAACCACACUAAUACCAGUUUCUCUCCUGAAAAGAGCCUGAAAAGCUGACAUCGCACGAUUAUCUCUACUGGAGGUUUGGCCGGUUGUCUUUCAGUGUGAACGCUGCGUCGAUUUUACUGUGUAAGCACAGUAACCACACAUAAAAAAGUUCAUAAAUACUUCUGAUGUGAAGGCCUUUGUUCCGCUGAAGUGCACCGAGCUAUGCCAGGUUGUAAAAGUUGACAGCAAAUAGACGACCGAUAAAAUUAGAUUAGAUUCUCUAUAAAGAUGCAACCGAGGCUUGUCAUGAUGUCAGCACAGCCUCACCACCUUCACCUGGGGAGACUUAGACUAAACCAGUCUAAGUGCGUUGAGGAGAAGCCAGUCUGAGGUGAUGGACAGUCCUACCAUUUUUUCCCUUUAUGACUGGAAGCCAGACGUGCUCAGUCAGUCACCGAGCCGGGUUUUAAAGGGAUUCGUAGCCUCCGAUCACACUGGUCCACUUCUUCACAUACAUGUUUGCUGACUAAUCUGAUUUAUUCUAUCAGAUGUGACUGUUUGUUUUUUCUUCUGACCUAUCACGACCCCCCUCCGGUCAAGCUGAUGAACCAAUGACUCUAAACGAACAAAAGACUCUUUGACGAACUUCAGUCGGACGACGAGAGGAGCGAGCUCCUCCAUCAACGUGAGAGCUAUGCACUAAAGAGGCAGGGAGAUCAGACGCCGCGCCUCAUUCGCCUCAGAACAAGGAAAUGUGAACUCUGCAUAUCCGAGGUAAUCGAUUUAAUAUGAAGUGAUCAACAUGGCUGUGAUCGGCAUAAAAAAAAAAGAUCAUGUGGCCAAAAUUCUCCAGAGAUACUGCAGUUGUUGCCCAAGUAUCUGAUUUUGAAUGUAAGUUUGAAAAGAUCAAAAAAUGGGACUUAAUUCACAAAGAUGGCAGCUCUUUUUUUUCUUCUGAUAGUAAACUGGCAUGAAACAGUGGAAAAGGGAACAAAUAUCAGUUUCUGACACAUGCAGACACACGUGAUAGGUGUGAACAGUGUGUGUGCUGCAAGUUUAUCAAGGAAUAAAGAUGUCUUUGGAGAAGGUGAGCUUUAUAUCUAGCUGUCCUACAGUAUCUCUGCACUUUGUUUGUGUGUCAAGAGGGAAAACAUGCGAGUUAACCCGUAGCUCAGAAGUUAGUCUGCUUAAACAGCCCUUUUAUGGAGCAACCAACCAUCGUGUGGAGGUAUCGGAUUACUCUAAAGUAAUAUUUGGCCGCUGAAGCAGUCUAACUUGUGUUGCGUCAGCUGCCGAGGCCUGCGGACAAAGUUUCCUGACUUUGAAUGAAUGGGUGCGUGACAGAAGCAAGAAAGCAUGUUUGUGUGUGUGUGUACGUGUGGACUUUGUCUUCCUGUCUUUUGCAUGUUACACCCGUGUCUCUGUGUGCAUGAUUGUACUCUCGCGUUUAAUCCCGGGCUCUUGGGAGCUCUUUUUUUUCCCCCCUCAGCUGUCGCUCACAAGCUGUCUGAAGACAUUCGCUAAUAUCUAUGAAAUCAAAUCAUUCAUCAACAUAUUUUAGACUUUUCCUCUUCAAAAGGCUUCUGAUGACUGUUUACUGUUUUUUAUCCGUGUCGUUCAGUUCAGUCAAACACGCACAGACACCUUUCAGGUGUGAUAACGCAGCGGGGCGUUGGUUAAAGAGGGCUCAGCUACUUUUUAAAGCCGUCUGUUUCUCUUUAUAACAGAUUAUGUCAUAUCCCACUCAAUGUUUGCUUUUCAAACCUAAAUGUUGAGUUACUGGAACUUUGAAAUCAUUAUUUUUAGAUGUCUUUUUAAAAAAAAAAAAAAAAGUCCAGUAAAAUCACAUUCAACAUUUUAACCACUUUUUUUCCCUGUCAUUACGUCCACGGGCACUAGAGGGCGCUGCCUCUCUUUUAAUCACAGCAGCAUUUUUCAGCUAAUUUCUAGCAGGGAGAAAAAAAAAAGUCUUUGCAGUUUUCUUCUGUGUAAUGCUGAUUUGCUGUUCACAUUAGCAAUACUGUGGUGACCUGAGCAAAAAACUGAUCCAAGAGCCCUUUAUAUCAACGCUGUGUGACGCUCUCACUGCUGCACUUACACACUUGUCAUCAGAUCAGGCCAACGCAUGAAUGUGCCCAAAUCUGAAAACACCUAAAAGAGUUGCGCCAAAUAUACUGCACAGACCUGCUUCUGGGGCUUUUGUUGUUGUUUCACGUUGUUUCUACAAACAUGCUUGAGUCCCAUUCAGUGGGUCAUUCUCUCGGUCACCUCUGGUUGGUGCACCUUUUGGUUUAGUUCAGUUGUGUCGGCGUGUCCGGACCCUGCAAUACCUGCUUGCAGGUUCUAUUUCUUUUGCUGCGAGUGUUAAAUCCUAGGUGGGAUGAACAGUAAGAAUCGCUAGUUGAUUCACGUGUAUCCUAGAAGAGAUGAGGAGUUCAUAGUGUGUGUUUUUGUUUUAUUCUGUUAGCUUUAAGGCUAUCAUAUUUGAUAUUUUGUUGCCAAAAAGGCAGUGGAACAUAUUAUCACAUUUUGUUCGUUUUCUCACGUUUUUUUUGUUUUUGUAUUUAUCACUUUUUUUAGGGUUGAAAAUUAAAAGACAAAAACAUUUAAUCUUGUUUUCAUGCUUAUGUAAAAUCUGUAAAAGAAGAUUUUGUGUGUAUAUUUUUGGUUUGCAGAGUUUUUCUUUUCGUUUUAUUUUUCAUAUCGGACAUAGACAAACCUCUUGGCUGCAGCAAAUCUACACAUGUAUGUGAUUUUACGCUCAAUGUGACACCACUUACCUUCGGCAAUUGUGGUCGCUUAUUGGCCAGACCGAGACAGCUAAAAGCAAUAAUGGCUGCUCUCCCCUUGAUAUACUGUACUGUAUGUCAGAUCCUGCCUUGAUUUUAUUAAUGUAAGAGCUUUUACUACAGAGGAAUACAAUUUAAAAGUUCAUAAGCACUUAUAUCUGAGUGGUUGAAUGAGGGUAACCCUCUCAUGUUGGAGGUUUGUUGAAGCACCAUCAGUCUGUAGAACCUCCAAAGGUUCCUUCAGCGUUCCUGUCGGCUUCUUUACUUUCAUAGUUGGAGUUAACAGGUGUUGGCUCAGGCUUCCCCACAUUGACUUCAGCUCUCCCGCAUGUCCUCAUUCAACUGCGUCAUUUAUCAUCACGUAAACAUUGUACUCUUUUCGGUGGAGAAGCCGAACUUCAGAACAUUCAAGACGUUUCGAUAAAAUGCAUGUAUUUAUGGACAUUAGUGGAAGCACAGAUGAGGCACGAGUUUCUCCAACCUCAGCUGAUUUCCAUCCUCCAUUGUAGCCGAGUCUCCUGUCCAUCUCCAUCACACAUGCCACGCCUCUUGUUUGUAUGCCAUAUGUUUUGCACAUUGUGUACAUAUUUAUAUAGAUGUAAUGCAUAUUUUUAUACAUGUGUAACAUCCAUGGGUUCUCUAUUUUGUAAAUACUCAAAAAGAUGUAUAUAAGUACUGUAUGCCUUUAUGUGUCAAUAAAAUUUGGUGUACUGUGAA